UCCCCCCUUCCCCCUUCUGCUCGUCAACUUGACCACUAAUGGCCAUGAUCCGCGCCGCCGCCGUCGCCGCCGCCGCUGCUCCUGCGGCCCAAGAAUCGCCUCCUCCACCCCGGGGAUCCGCAACUUUUGUGAUUGGGCCACCCGGAAGGAAACCUCCUCCGGGGGACGCAGGAGCGUGCCAACGACGGACGACCGGUGAAGAAGUGGAUCCGGAGGGGCGUGUGAGUGCGGACACUAUUAGUGUAGGUAGUGCCUCGAAAAGCUUUCCAACACCCAGGAAGCCAUCACCGACAUAUGCAGCCCAAGAGAUUCUUUCCGAACAAGCGAGAGAAAAAGAAGUGACGAAACUGCGGAGCAGCGCGCACUCGCACAACCUCCGGAGUACAUGUGUCGUUGACGACGAACCCAGUGCUUCUGCAAAUCGCGUAAACGAAACGGGAUCCGGAUCUCUGGGUCCCGGCUUUCGGCCUCGGCUUCAGGUGAGCCGUGACAAACCAAACAUCUACGGAGCCCCCUCCAUAGACCCUUUCUUCCUGAGUCAUAGCCUCUGACAACGUAGCACUGUGGCUGCCGCAUCGAACAAACAUCUUGCCCUCAACAGUACGAGCCAGGCCAAACCAGUAGUCCUUUUUGGUAAUUUUCUUGGCCACGAACCCCCCCAGCUCAUUGCCACAUGCGAGAGGCGCUAGCAUCAAUCGUGGCUAGGGCGGAGGCGCGGUAGUUGCUCGUAUGGCGAUCAAUCUUUUUUCGCGAAACCUUUUCUUCGCUGGCCAUGCCCAACGUGGUCAUUGAUCAAGCGACUAUCGGGUCGAGACUUCGGGUACGAGAUGGCAAUACCCAAUAUCAGGCCACAUCGUGGCUUUCUCGGAAGCUGUGAAUGAGUCCU